CCGGUGCCGGCGGCGAUGCCGAGCGCUGCCGCGUGGCCGGCGGGGAGCCCCGGCGCGGUGUCGGCCGGCGAGGCGCUGCUGGCGGCCGCCGCCUUCUGCCUGCUGCUGCUGGCGCUGCGGCGGCUGCGGCCGCCCGGGGCCGUGCCCGAGGGGCUGCGGCGGCCGCCGGGCCCGCGGGGCUUCCCCGUGCUGGGGAACGCGCUGGAGCUGCGCGGGGACACGCACCUGGCGCUGACGCGGCUCGGCCGGCGCUACGGGGACGUGAUGGAGGUGCGCAUCGGCAGCCGGCCCGUGCUGGUGCUCAGCGGGCUGGACACCAUCCGCCAGGCGCUGGUCAGGCAAGGAGACGACUUCAUGGGGCGCCCCGACCUCUACAGCUUCCGCUUCGUCGCGGACGGGCAGAGCCUGGCGUUCAGCCCCGACUCCGGCGAGGUGUGGAAAGCGCGCAGGAAGCUGGCCCAGAGCGCCCUGAAGAGCUUCUCCAUCGCCCCCAGCCCCACCUCGUCCUGCAGCUGCCUGCUGGAGGAGCACGUCUCCAAGGAGGCCGAGUACCUGGUCACCAAGUUCCUGCGGCUGAUGGAGGACGGGAGGAGGUUUGACCUUAACCAGUACCUGGUGGUGUCGGUGGCCAACGUCAUCUGUGCCAUGUGCUUUGGCAAGCGCUACGAGCACGAGGACCAGGAGCUGCUCAGCCUGGUGAACCUGGGCAACGAAUUUGGGGAGGUGGCCGGGAGCGGCCACCCCGCUGACUUCAUCCCCCUGCUGCGCUACCUCCCGAGCCGCACCAUGCAGCUCUUCAAGGAUGUCAACCGGCGCUUCAACGCCUUCGUGCAGAAAAUUGUUCAGGAGCAUUACAGCAGCUUUGAUAAGGAGCACAUCCGGGACAUCACGGACUCGCUGAUCGGGCACUGCCAGGAGAAGAGCGUUGGGGAGGACACCCAUGUCCAGCUCUCCAAUGAGAAGAUCAUUCACAUCGUCAAUGACCUCUUUGGGGCAGGCUUUGACACUGUGGCCACUGCCCUGUCCUGGAGCCUCAUGUACGCUGCCUUGUACCCUGACAUCCAGAAGAAGAUCCAUGAAGAGCUGGACCGGACCAUUGGGCGGGAGAGGCGGCCGCGGCUGUCGGACCGGGGCACGCUGCCCUACACGGAAGCCUUUAUCCUGGAGAUGUUCCGGCAUUCCUCCUUCCUGCCCUUCACCAUCCCACACAGCACAACAAAAGCCACGGUGCUGAACGGCUUCUACAUCCCCAAGGACACCUGCGUGUUCAUCAACCAGUGGCAAGUGAACCACGACGAGAGCCUUUGGGAGGAGCCCUCAGCCUUCAGGCCCGAGCGGUUCCUGAGCGCGGCGGGGACGGAGCUGAGCCGGCCGGAGAGCGAGAAGGUGCUGGCCUUUGGGCUGGGCAAGCGGCGCUGCAUCGGGGAGACCAUCGGCCGCUGGGAGAUCUUCCUCUUCCUCACCACGCUGCUGCAGCAGCUGCACUUCAGCCUGCGGCCCGGGGAGCGCGUGGACAUCACCCCCCAGUACGGACUGACCAUGAAGUACAAGAAGUGUGAGGCCUUCCAGAUCCGGCCGCGUUUUCCCGUCGGGAGCGCUCCGUGAGCCGCUCGGGGCGGCGCACGCUCUGCCCCUCCGGAGGAUGGCUCCUCUCCUGGCGCUGGCAGCUGGGCUUUGUGGGGCUCUUGUGGGGCUCCAUCAGCCCUUCCCACGCGGAUGCUCCCCAGAGACCUCUUGGAGAAGUCCAGCUGGUGGUGGGGAGGGUGUGGUGGGAUGUUCUCCACCCGUCACAAACAGCUCCUUCCAUCCAAACAGAAAUGAAACCUGCAGGUUCCUCUCGGAGCAUCCUGCCCAGCCUUAUCCCACGGGGUGAACUCCUCUUUUCCAGCUCCUUGUGCCGCUGGGAUUGGGUUCUUCAGGAAGGUUCUGGAGCCUUCAGCAGGACUCUCCUCGAGGGGACCCACCCUGGGUGCACCCACACAGCCAAAUUCCUUGAAUGUGAACUCAUGGAGUGAAUUCCUGAGUGUUCCUACUGAUUGAAAAAACAAAAAUCCACCAGCGGAGCCACUCACAAAUUGAGAUUUUAAAUCAAUCCUAACAUGGAGCCUCCUGGAAAAUCUCAAAGGACCGGGAAAGGGACAAAAAGGAACUGUAGGACACUGCUGGCUUUCAGACUAACCCUGCAUUUGCUGCCUUUUUUAAUAUCAGGGUUUUUUUCUUUAUCAAGCAAUAGAUUUCUGUAUGCAGGCUAAGGAGCAAGGCUUUCAGGAGUGCAGGAGGUGCCUUUGCCACGCUCAGCUUUAGCCAGCGGGAAGGUGAAGCCUCAUGGCGAACGCAGCAGCAAUUCCUGCCUGUUUGUGCCCGCUUGGAAUGCAGCUGGGAUGGAAACCACACCACGUUUCUAACCCAAUAAAUACUCACAUGAACAUCUCUUGA